ACUCAAGUCACGACUGAUAUCGACCACAUCGACGACUUGUCAUUAAAGCAAUUGUGAUUAUUUUGAUGUAAAUAAAUAUAAAUAUAUGCUUUUUAUAAUUACAUCAUGUGCACCAUGGAUUUACCUUUGAAUCAACAAAAUUUGCCUCAGAUACUCGAUAAAUUGUCGGAGGACGAGAUUAAAAUAGAGAAGAAUUUGGAAAACAUACUUUCAAGACAAUGUCACGUCGAGGCAAAGCUGCAAAAUAUAAGCAAGGUACUGCCUAACGUUGCUGUGAUAAGAACAGAGGGUGAGAAAUUUUGUAACAUGAUUGCACGCACUAAUGAAUUAGCAGAAAAUGUCAGUGCCAAAGUGAGGGAAUUAGAUUUGGCCAGAAGCAGAGUUUAUGAAUGCCAAAGGCGUGUGAACGAUAUUCUUGACUUACAAUUAUGUAGCGAAGGUGUAGCUAUGGCAUUACGGAAUGAGGAUUACGAACAAGGUGCAGCGCACGUUCAUCGUUACCUUUCCAUGGAUCAACAGUUAUUAGAAAGGACAGCCGAAGAUAUUUUAAUGGAUCAUACAAGCAUCAGUAGUUCUCUGAUAACUCUGCAGCAAGCUGCGUUACAGCUGAGAACCGUGGUCACGCAUAAAUUCGAUGAGGCUGUAAAAUCAGAGGAUCUUGCAUCUGUCGAGAGAUUCUUUAAAAUUUUCCCUCUGUUGGGGAUGCACUCCGAAGGGCUUAAAAAAUUUUGUAGCUACUUAUGUACAAAGUUGCAAGAAACUGCACAGAAGAAUUUGAAAGCAGCUUUGGAAAUGAAGAGCAAUGAUAAGAGAGCAUCAGUUAUUUUUGCCGACACUAUGACUUUAUUGUUUGAAGGCAUCGCUCGUAUCGUGGAGAUACAUCAGCCAAUAAUAGAGACAUAUUAUGGACCUGGGAAACUGUUAAUGACAAUUUCUAUCCUACAAAAGGAAUGUGAUAGGCAAGUUAAGAAGAUAAUCACGGAAUUUAUGAAGCACAGAAAUAUAUCGAAGAAAGUGCAAACUGUAAAUGAUUAUUUGCGAAAAUCGAAUGCCGAAAGAGCCGAUCCUAAGGAAUUUGAUUUAUUAUUGGGAGAAAUCACUAUAAUGCAUUCGCGAGCGGAGUUAUAUAUUAGGUUCUUAAAGAGAAGAGUUAAAAAUGACAUAGAAAUCAGUGUAACGAAUGAUAGGCAAUACGAAGAUUUAAUAAGCGAAUUCGAAAACAUUGUUACUAGUUCAGAUUUGGCGCAUGGUAUGCAAGAACUUUUAGGUGCUUAUCUUGCAUUGGAGAGAUAUUUCCUCGAAGAGAGCGUAAAUAAAGCAUUGGGAAUGGACACCUUGGAACAGGAUCAACCAACGUCCAGUAUGAUUGACGACGUCUUCUUCAUAGUGCAGAAAUGUAUAAGGCGUUCGAUGUCGAGUUGGAGCAUAGACGGUGUUUGUGCAGUAGUUAAUAUGGCUUGUGGUAUAUUAGAAGGUGAAUUCGCGAACAGAUUACGAAAUCGAUUACGACAAGGAUAUCCUGCGGGAUAUUUAGAUCUAGCCCAAGCUUACAGUGCUCUUCAAACAAGCCUGCAACAUGGUCGCUUACAAACUUCAGAUACGGAACUUGCUCGUUUAAUGUUCUUGGCUUAUUUAAAUAAUACCGACGUGAGUAUCGAAUAUGUUGAGACGCUUUGUAAAAGUCUCGGUUCUGAGAUCGAUGCAACGUUUCCGAAUAUGCAAAGUAAAGAUCGAGGCAAGGUCGACAGUUGUCUAUCCGGAUUGAAAGGUGUAAUGUCCAUUUUACGAGCUGUUACGGAUUACGGUUUGGAACAGUUGCGGGUAAGCGCUGUCAAACCAAGAGUCACCCCUUGGGUCGAUGCAUUCCUAUCAGUAGACCACCACGUGAACGAGGAUGAUCUAUUAGGGUACGAGACGGAAGAACCUUUUGUGCAAACCUUGAUUGUGAAUUUAGAAGGUCUGCUACAAAGUUUCAAGGGAAGCUUAACAGCAUCUAAUUACGAUGCUUUGAUCGGUCUUCUUACUGAUGAAGUUACAGCUCGCUUAGAAAAAGUUGUAUUGAAGUCUACGUUUAAUAGGGCGGGUGGUCUAAUACUUGAUAAAGAGAUCAGGUCAUUGGCAAGUUACCUGGCCGCUGUUACUUCCUGGUCUGUACGCGAUAAAUUUGCAAGACUAACGCAAAUAGCUACUAUCCUAAGUGUCGAAAAGAUUGAAGAACUAGCAGACUACUGUGGAGCAGAUGCAAUCGCCUGGAGAUUAACGCCUGCUGAAGUUCGACGUAUAGCUUCCUUAAGAAUAGAUUUUCGUCCAGAGGAUAUAAAAAGACUAAAAUUGUAAUGUAAAUUUAAUCUUUAUUUAUUAUUAAUAUUGUAUAGAUAAGUAUAAUAGACAAGUAACGUCAAGAUAAA